AUGAUAAAAAAUUUCAUUGACAACCUAUUUCCUUUACGACGUUCUGAGCUCACUGCUAUCAAAAGGUCGAAAAUAAUAUCUUUAUGGAUUUGCUACAUAGGCGUAUUAAUCUAUUUUGGCUGGAAAGCAUAUAAGCUGAGCCAAAAUGAGAGAACUUUAAGCUAUAAAGAAGACGAUAGUAGCCCCAUUCCUGCCCCAAGAGCUACUUUUUUCUCUUCUUAUAACUUCACAAUCGACUGCCAGACGGUCUAUUAUGAUGAUUCGACUGGCGGUUGUAAUAAGUAUGUCACCAACACCUAUCCAUAUUUCGGUGGCUACUCGUUAAACUUCAGUGCACCUGCCUUAGAGUUUGAUAACCCUACCGAUAAUGCAAGUGCCUUAUUAGGCAUUCAAUUGGCGGUUUAUAUAACGGAUCCAACGUUUCCUGGCGGCGAUGCUGCCGUGGAAGCGUUUUUUGCUGAUAAAGAUACGGAGUCUGAUUUGGCAUCAGCGUCCAAAACGCCACGCAUAAAAGGAGUUUCUGGUUAUGAGUCUACGGUAGCGCUUGCUAACUCCUACUAUAUCGCUAACAACCAGACGUACGCCCUCUUUUACUCACGCAGAAUAUUAAGUCCCCUUCACCAAAAUGCUAAAAACGUGCUGUCUGGAAACGGUGAUCAUAAACCUAUAACAAUGAUAAGCAGCAUACUCAUAUCGUACCCCAACCUCGUUGUCGGAAGUUACGCGGCUGUACUUAUGAGACCCAAUUCUUAUAUAGUCGUAACGGAAACCGAAAACUCCGAUUUGACGGUGACUGAUCUCAUCAGUGCUGUGGGUGGUAUUUACACUGCUGCAAUGACAAUUUAUAUGUUCUUAUUCGGCGCCGACGUAAUAGGUCCAUGGGGUUUGAUUCAAAAUCUGCCGUGCGUCCGCCGCAAAGUUAGGUCAACCCUCCACAAAAGUCUAAGUCCAAAUAUUCCGUUCUCAGGUCCUAUAUUAUCAGAUGACCUUUCGGUCGACCAGAAAUUGAAAGCGAUAGAAAAAAGACAUCUUGCAUUGGAGUUCUUUUUACAGGAUUACGUUGUAAGCGUAGAAAACGUCGUAAAUGAUGACACUCACAAGGGGGAUAUCGAGGCGCCUACUGAGAAGGAUAUUGAAACAUCUGAGGAUUGA